UAGACAUGAUCGUGAGGCGCUGAUUGGCCAGUUUUGACAGGAAGGCGUGAGAGCCGGGGACGGAGAUAAGGGCCGGGCGAGAUGAGCCCGGGCAUCUUGCUGAGGCGGACGCUGUUGUGUGGAGUCUGGGCGACGCGAGGGCUGAUCCGCACCAUGUGUGCGCAAGAGACCGACUGGCAGUCGGCGAAAUCCAUCUACGACUUCCACGCUCUGGAUAUCGAUGGCAACGAUGUCUCUCUGGAAAAGUACAGGGGCCACGUCUGCAUCAUCACCAACGUGGCGUCGAAAUGAGGCAAGACCCCCGCAAACUACACUCAGUUUGUCGACAUGUAUAGUCGAUACGCAGAGCGUGGUUUGCGGAUCCUCGCCUUCCCCUGCAACCAGUUUGGCAAACAGGAGCCCGGCACCGAGGCGGACAUCAAGGCCUUUGCGGCGGGCUACGGGGUGAAGUUCGACAUGUUCAGCAAGAUUGAAGUCAACGGGGAGGGUGCCCACCCGCUCUGGAAAUGGAUGAAGAGCCAGCCCAAGGGCAGGGGCACCCUGGGAAACGCAAUAAAGUGGAACUUCAGCAAGUUCCUCAUCAACAAGGAAGGACAAGUGGUCAAGCGGUACAGCCCCAUGGACGACCCCGUUGUGAUCGAGAAGGACCUGCCCGCUUACCUGUAGGCCCGGCUCCCCCGUUGUCGUGUCCCGCAACUUGCCCCUCCGCUUUCCCGGGACGCUCUGCCUCCAUGACGGCCGGCCUUCAAGCCAAAACCAGUUGGUGGGGCCGGCCUGAACAAACUGGCACGGGCUCCCGGGGACGGGAUGGUGGCGGACGUUGUGGCCGGCACGCUCGGCGGCACCGCAGCUCUGUAGCAAUAAACGUCUCGUUGUUUCUCUCA